AUGUCGGAGGCAAGUUACCGCUCGCUAAUGUUGUUUCCUGAUGUCCGGCUCUUCUUUGCAGGGACGAUGGAAACCGAGAAGAAACCGCACUCGCAACCACCGACAUCGUGGUCGGCACUCCCGCUGGACCUGGCAAGCAUGGUGCUCCGCCUGCUCCCCGCGUACGCCGACCGAGCCCGCUUCGCCGCGGUGUGCCCGCAGUGGCGCGCCGCAGCUCGGCAGCAGCUCCAGCCCCCGGCGCUGCCCCUGCUCGUGCUCCCCGGCGGCACCUUCUACAGCCUGCCCCACGAGGAGCCUCUCCGCUUCCCGGGCUGCGGCUUUGCCGGCUACCAGAGCGCCUGCGGCAGCUGGCUCGUCUUCCCGCGCGACGACGGGUGCUUCCUCGUUGACCCCUUCUCCAGGGCCACCGUGACGCUCCCUGCUCUCUCGUGCGUCCGGCUCCGGCCUCCAAAUGCAGUCGCCAAAUGGUCAUCCCUGCAGCCUGGGGCAAGAAUCACCCAACCCUGCGUCACGUGGAUGCAUAUGGAGGACUCGGAUAAGCCACGCAUAAAGAAGCUCAUCCUCUGCUCGUCCAACCUUGUCGCUGCAGUGGUCGGCCUUGGACCCCUCAGCCAGAUUCUGAUUUGCCAACCGGGGGCCUCGUCGUGGUCCGUACGCGCGUACGACAAGAUGAAGAUGUACGAAGACAUGGCGUUUUACCAGGGCAAGCUCUACGCCAUCGACGACGACGAGGACCUCCUUGUUGUGAAUAUCAGCGAGGACAAUAGCACUGGGGAUCCACAGGUCUCUAAGAUUGGAAGGGUCAUCAAGGACAAGGCUGCUCCUAGCUGGGGCCAAGGUGUGCCUGCAGGCAACUCUAGGUCCCACAAGAAGAUAUAUCUGGUUGAAUCGCGUGGCGCGUUGCUGAUGGUAUGCAGGAAGAUUGGGCUGUGUUUUCCUGAACGUGGAGUCAGAGGUCAAGCGAUUGCUGGACAGAGCGAGUUUGAGGUUUUCGAGGCCGACUUUGAGCAUUCGAGGUGGGUCAGGGUGUCGACCGUGGGGGAUGACCAGGUUCUCUUUCUAGGGCGGGGGUGCUCCAGGGCUGUGUCCGUGUCACAGUACGGGCUGUUGGGCAAUCGCAUCUUCUUCUUGGAUGAUGACGAGGAAUGUCUUAAGAACUACGUCUACCGCGAGGAGAACACAUCUUGCAGCGCCUAUGACAUGAGACUAGGUGACGUCUGUUACCCUCACCCGAUGAUUUCCUGGAAGCGCGGCCGUGACACGCGUCUGGCAGCAUGGCUCUUCCCUCAGGACUGAAGUUGAGAUGUUAUGAUGUUAUUCCUAUGCAAGCUUACUGCUCCCUGGUUAUCUGACCGUGCUAUAGAUGCUGCUGUUUUGCAAGCUGCUCAGUCUAUCUAUCUGACUGGUAUGUAUCAUGUUUGAUAUGGUGUUCGGAGGUCGUGAAA